AUGACAUUUUCUUUCUUCCUUUCUUUUCUUCUUUUCUUCCAUGACAUUUGUUUCUUUCUUUCUUUCUUCUUUUCAUUUUUCUUUUUUUUUCUUCCUUCUCGCAUGACUUUUUUUCUUUCUUUCCUUUUCCUUUUUCUUUUUUUCUUUUCUUUAUUUCUUUCUUUCUUAACGCAUGACAUUUUCUGCUUGCUUUCUUCCUUUCUUCUCACACUACGCUUGCUUUCCUUCUUUCUUUCUUUCCUUUUUUUCUUUUUCCACGACACGUCUGCCCUCAUUCUUUCUUUCUUCUCUGCUUCUAUCAUUUCACCUUUUUAUUCCCCUUCCAUCUUUAUUUCUUUCUUAGUUCUUCCUUUCUUUCUACUUAUCUAUUAUAAUUUUCGCCUUUUUUUUUAUUUUCCCUUACAUCUUCAUUUCUGUCUUAUCUUCCUCUCUUACUUUUUUCUUUUUUAUCCUCCAGAAUUUUUUCUUUCUUUCUUUAUUUCCUUCAAAUUUUCUUUCUUUAUUUUUUGCUUGUUUCUAUCGUUUCAAAUAUUUUUGAUUUCCCCCACCUCUCUGUAUCCGGCUUUAUUUUGUUUACGCUUUCUUUCUUUCUUUCUGUCUUUCUGUCUUUCUGUCUUUCUGUCUUUCUGUCUUUCAUUCUUUCUUUCUUUCUUUUUUGUUUGCAUUUAUAUUUCCCACCUUUUCAUUUUCCCCUUUCAACUUCAUUCCUGUCUUAUUACAUACGUUACUCUUCUUUUUUUUUAUUCUCCUAAAGUUUUCUUUCAAUCUUUUUUCUUUCAACCUUUUUUCUUAACUUCUUUGUCUUUGUUCUUUCCCCAUUUUUUUAUUCGUUUUUUUUUUAUUAUUUGCAAGUAUUCCUCUUUCUUUUUUCGUUCUUUGAUAUCUCUGUCAGAUUUUUUUUUAUCAAAUCGUCUGCCUACUUUCAUAUUCACUUUCCUCCAUUUUCAUCGACUGCAUCUUUUUUUUAUGAUUUUUCCCACACCUCAAUUUCUUUCAUUGUUUUUCUCAAACUUUCAUCUUUCUAUGUCUCUUUUGAUUUCAUCAGCCAUUUUUUUUAUCGUCUUCCUCCCCAAACAAGAUUUCUGUUCGUUUCUUUUGAUCAUAUUUCCUUUCCGAUUCUACGCAUGCGUGUCAUGCUAUUUUUCCCGGAAGAAACCCGUUUUCUUCGAUGAUCUUCGCCAAUGCUUUCGCAAAAUCGGCUGCUGCUUGUUCGUCAGCUGA